UCCACGAAUCGUUUCAAGUAAUAGAUACGUUUGUGGUUAGGUAUUAUAAUUUUAUAAUAAUUCAUUUUAUUAUGGAUAAAUCUAUAAGUCAGAAGGAAUAUUUGAAGAAAUAUUUAUCUUCUGGACAUGGAGAAGAAAAAAAAAAGAAAAAGAAACUAAAAAUUGGUCCAAAAACAGUUAAGAUCAUUGAUGAUGAUAUUGACCUAAAUAAACUUAGGCCAAUUGAAGAUGGUGAAUUUGAUAUAUUCAUCAAUGGAGAAGAUGCGCCUCAAAUAGCUGGAAUAAUUGAUGAACGUGGACCAGUUGAUUUUUCUGAUAAAAGAAAAUGGAAAAUUAUAGCCGAUAAUGAAGACGGAGAAUUGCGAUUUAAACAGAAUGAUUCUGUUAUAUCGCGUGAAAAGGAAAAAGAAUCUAAAAUUCCUGAUUCUGAUUUGAAUGUACUUAAAAAAAGUAAGAAGAUCUCUGAUUCGGAUUUGAGUCCUCCUAGAAAAAGUAGGAAGACUUCUGAUUCGGAUUUGAGUCCACCUAGAAGAAAUAAGAAGGACAGUGAUUCGAAUUUGAGUCCACCUAGAAGAAAUAAGAGAAGCAAUAAUUCGAAUUUGAGUCCACAUAGAAAAAGUAGGAAAGAUAAUGAUUCAGAUUUGAAUCCACUUAGAAAAAGUAAAAAGAGUGAUCGAUCCACAUCGAGACAUUCCAAAAAAAGUAAAAAAGACUAUGACAGUCAUAAACGUUGUAGAAACUCUUCAAGAUGGGACGAUCAACCUGAUGGAAGUGAGUCGUCAAGUCGUGAAAAUACAACGCAUGAUACAAAAAUGAAGAAAACGUUAAGUGGCAUGAGCGCUGGUUUGCAGGAUGCAAAGUCUUUGCGUGAAGAAACAGAGGCUUAUAAAAAGCGUGAAAUUGAAAUGUUUAGUAGGUUAAGCAAAGAAAUUACCGGUGCCGGUCAGAAGGCAAUUUUACGUGAUUCAAGAACUGGUAGGAGACGAGAUUUAGAAGCUGAAGCUGCUGUAGAGCGAGAAAAACAAAAGCGACAAGAGGAAUUGAAUGAAAAAUAUGACAAAUGGGGUAGAGGAUUAAAACAAAUAGAAGAUAGAGAAGAAAAAUUAAAGAACUAUCUUCAUGAAGUAAGCAAACCAUUGGCAAGAUAUGCCGAUGAUGCUGAUUUAGACAAAGCACUUAGGGAACAAGAAAAAGAAGGUGAUCCAAUGUUAGAAUAUAUUAGGAACAAAAAAAUAAAGGAAGGAAAAAUCAAACCAGAUGAACUACGAUAUCAAGGAUCUUAUAUGCCUAAUCGUUUUGGAAUAAAACCUGGUCAUCGUUGGGAUGGAGUUGAUAGAAGUAAUGGAUACGAAAAGAAAUGGUUUGAUGCGCAGAAUGCAAAAACAGCAUUACAAGAGGAAGCAUAUAGGUGGAGUACAGCUGACAUGUAAUAUAUAUUUUACAUUAAUUU